AUGGGAAUGAUGGGUCAAAAGUUCCCCGAGCUGGUUAACAUUGAAGAUUUCUGCGAGGAUGCCAGAAAAUCUGAUAAAGUGCAAUCUAUGGCAGCACUGCAGGGAACAAUUGUCACUAUUGGAAAUGCAUUAGCCGUAAAGAUCCCUCCUAAAAAGGCUCCCAUCAUUACGGUACAAAUAAAUCCUACAGUGAUAGUUCAAACUUAUCUGCAGCAACCCGCCGAUGCUACUCAGGGUGAAGAAUAUCAUGAAUACAAAACCGUCCUAUGGACCUAUCAACAAAAGAGAAAAGCCAAAAAGACAGACUCUGCCACGGCCCAUGCUAUGACUAGGUCUGGGAGAUGCUAUGCCCCUGAAGAGGUCAAUCGAGGAAAUUCAGGGAGAGAACAAAUUCCAAGGAGGAACAUAACAGACCUAGAAGCCGCGGAGUUUUGGAAAACAAUGUCAAGUAAAGAGUAUUCUGUGGAAGAACAGUUAAAGAAAACUCUAGCGCAGAUAUCCAUCAUGGAUCUACAGAUGAGCUCUAACAACCAUAAGAACACUUUGUUGAAAGUACUAAGCGGAGUAAGUGUACCAAGUAACACCACCAGCGAAGCAUUGGCCGUGACAAUUGAGAAAAUGGUAGAAGCAAACAUGAUCACUUUCAAAAGGGACGAACUUCCUGUCGAGGGCGCAAGUCACAACAAGACUCUUCACAUCACUGUCAAGCAUAGAGAUAAAGUGGCAUCUCGAGUGCUGGUCGACGGGGGAUCAGGAGUCAACAUUUGCCCACUCUCCACCAUGCGGGAGUUGGGAAUUCAUUUGAGGGAACUCAAAGAAAGCCACGUAAGGUUAAGAGCCUUUGACGGUUCGCAAAAGGAUGUUAUUGGGGAAAUUUAUCUAGCCUUGCAUAUCGGGCCGAUUGACUUUCUAGUAUUAUUUCAAGUGAUGGAGAUUUCCUCCUCUUACAAUUUGCUGCUGGGCAGGCGCUGGAAACAUAUGGUAGGGGUCGUGCCAUCUACCUUGCACCAAUGUAUAAAAUUCGAGUGGGGAUGCCAAGAGAUCGUUGUCCAUGGUGAGUGGGGUCAUUCCGCCUAUUUGGAGUAUGAUGUUCCAUUCAUUGAGGGACUAGAUGGAGUAGCCUUUCAUGCUGUAGAAAUCAUGCAGACUACUAAGGAGGAGAAGACUGAACAGAAUCUGGGAAUGCAAUCAUCGUACAGAUCUAAGAUGGCCGUGAGGGAGAUGAUGAAAGAUUGUUAUAGGCAAGGAACAAGGUUGGGAGCCAAGUCAGAUAGGAUUAUAGAGCCAAUUGAACACAAUGGGCAGAAAGGAAGGGCUGGCAUAGGAUAUCAACCUCCAGAAGGGAAAACUUGCACUGUUAGCUCCGGGAAAAAGGUUUUUGUGCCAGAGCAUGUUUCAUGUCUGGGGGAUGCCGAACCAAGUGAAGAAUUACAGAAUUGGACAGCCAGUCCAUCUUUGGAGAUCGAACAGUUGGAGAGUCAGAAGAAGCCCAACCUCGAAGAAACGAAAGUAGUCAAUCUUAGAAACAAAGAAGACGUGAAAGAAACUAGAAUCAGCAUUCACCUAGAAGCCAAUCAAAAGGAAAAAAUGAUUGAGCUCCUCCGACAGUACGUCGACAUGUUCGCGUGGUCUUAUGAUGACAUGCCAGGAUUAAGCACCGACAUUAUCUCGCAUCGACUACCUACUAACCCUACCAGACCGUCGGUCAAGCAGAAGCUCAGGAAAUUCAAACCUGGUUUAAGUCAGAGGAUAAAGAAGGAGGUGACCAAACAGAUCGAAGCAAAUAUAGUAAGGAUCUCCAACUAUCCAAGCUGGUUGGAAAAUAUCGUCCCAGUGCCCAAAAAGGACGGAAAGAUCAGAAUAUGUGUGGACUACCGAGAUCUCAACAAAUCUAGUACAAAGGAAGAUUUCCCCUUGCUGAAUAUCCACAUUCGCAUCGACAACUGUGUAAAGCAUGAACUGCAAUCGUUUAUGGAUUGUUUUGCUGGAUACCAUCAAAUCCUAAUGCACAAGGAAGACGCUAAGAAGAUAGCUUUGACUACUCCCUAG